AUUGAGAAAGUAUCCUACAAGCUGUUAUUACCAGCAACAACCAAUAUCCACCUAGUAUUCCAUGUUUCCUUGUUGAAAAAGAAGGUUGGAGAUAAUGCAGUUGUAUCUUCAAUAGUUCCAGUAACAGAUGAGUCAAGCAAGGUGAAGGUGAGUCCUAUAGAGAUUUUGGAACGUAGGAUUAUAAAGAAAGGAGACAGGGCUGUGGCUGCUGGAUUAAUUAAAUGGUCUAAUCUGUUUACCGAAGAUGCAACUUGGGAAGAUCUUGAAGAGCUUCAGCUGCAAUUCCCAGAAUCUGACAUUCAUUCUGGAGGUCAUUUUGUGUGGAUUAUUGGUGUUCUCGGCUAUGCUUAGUGGCUUUAUAAUGAGAUAUUUGGUGGAGGAACCAAUACAAAUAAGGCAGGAUUUGAAUUUCGAUUAUACAAAGAACAGUCCUGUUGCAUUUGUGUCCAUAAAACCUUGUGGUGGCGUUGCUUGUGAUGACGAGGAUUGUAAAGAGAAUAUUGGAAAUGUCAAGAGCUUAAAGAGAAUAUUGUCUUUCAGGGUGCUUGUUCUGACUUGCUUCACUGUUCAUUUGCAGAUCUGCGUGGACUUCCUCUCUGUUGAUGGGAAAACCCUUGCCACCAAAAGCCAUCCAUGCAUUUUAAAAUUCAAAAGCGAGUUUAUCCGCAUUUUAUUGAAUUUUCUUAAGGUUGCACCCCUUGCUGCUGGCUACAUUUCUGAAUCCCAGACUUUGGCGUUGAAGAUAAAAGGUUUUAGGGAAGGUGACGUGCCUGCUUCCUGCUUGAAGGUGAUAAUUGAACAACGAGCUGAAUGCCGGCCUGGAGAUGGUAUCCGUGAAAUAUAUGAUGCGUCCGUCAUAUGGAUAGUAUGGUGAGGAAAGAAAACCAUAUUCAUAUGGAUUAACAUGUUGUUUAUGAUGGAGUUGUUGUUCGCUCUAGUAUGCUGUAGACCUGUUAUUAUUCCAAGAGCAAGGUUGAGGGAUGAUUCUGGUAUCAACAGUACCACUCCAAACAACGUCCCCGCACAGAGUUGA